AUGUUGUGUAAUCCCAUAAAGGUGGCUGUAAAGUACAGAUGUUACUCUCCUACAGCUCUUACUAAUGCUUAUCAGGCUGUGAGGGAGGAAAACAUGUCUGUUAGAAGGGCAUCAAUUCAGUACAAUGUACCCAUGCAGACGCUCAGAGACAGGGUAUUGCAUAAGGUAGAUCCUGAGACAGUCCGGUCAGGACCUCAGCCAUUGUUCAGUGAAGAGGAAGAGGCAUUAUUUGUAAACAAUCUGAAGUACAUGGCGUCACUAGGUUAUGGUUAUACAGGUCCAGAAGUCAUUGCUAAAGCUUCAAAUUACGCAGUGCACCUGGGGAAGAGAUCUAAAGACCAGCCUCUAUCAGAAAAAUGGUACAGUGGACUUUUAUCGCGAUGGCCAGAAUUAAAAACUUUAAGUCCAAGAGCACUGGCAAAGGAACGAGCUCAAGCAACAUCUGAACAUGUUGUUAAUUCAUACUUUGAAAAUCUUCACACUGUACUUUUGGCCAAUGAUCUUCUUGACAAACCAGAAUGCAUAUACAACUUUGAUGAGAAGGGAGUCCAAACUGAACAUCGUCCGCCGAAGGUUGUUGCAGAAGGUGUACAUGCAGUACCAGCCAUCACUUCACCAAGAUCUUCAAUUUAGACUAUGAGCCAGAAGGGGUUUUGCUUCCCCCCCCCCCCCCCCCCCUCCCAGGGGGAAUUUUGUGGACCAUAUUUUUUUGAAACUCCAAUGUGUGGUGAACAUUUUGGCAUAAAGUUUGCAACUGGCGAGUGGGGCUUUUCUCCGUAACACCACCUUAAAAUAUGUUACCCUCAAAACCAAUAAUUUUUUCAUCAAUUUUUACAGACGAAUGGUACCAUUAUGUUAGUAAAUCAUUUCAAGUUUGCAUAUUUUAUUACAAGGUGUAUACUAGAUGCUGCAAUUUGAUAAAGUUUCAAUAUCUAAAAUGUGAUGUUAAAGAAGAAAAAUAUCGGAAAAAGAUAUGUUACCCUAAAAAAAGCAACAUUUUUGGCAUGAAGUUUUUAUUGCAAAUUUAGAUGACCAGGUAAUUAGAAAUUGAAGUUACUAUUAAAAAGUUCAAAGUUCAGCAAAAACAAUGAUAUAUAGAUUGCUAGUAUAAGUUGAGGGAAAGCAUACUUUUAGCGAUUCUUAAAAUGUAACGUCAUUCUUCCAAAAUAUGCUAAUUUUCAAUCAUACCUACUUCAAACAUGUUUUUCAUAAAAAUGUUCUAUCAAUUUUAUAUUGACAUUCUUUAGUUACAUGUAAUACAACUAUAUACUUAUUUAUCAACAAACCUCUAACUUGUAAGAUGUCUUACAUUGAAUUCUACAUUACAUUUUACGUUACCAAACAUACAAAUUAUAUUGUAUGUCUUCAUUUUCUUUUAAACACACUUUAUCAGUUAAAAAAACAACAACAAUAUAAUUCUGUUCUCAACAGUAUAGUUUUGCAUUUCAAACUGAAGGUUUAACUUAAAACACGUAUAAAUAUAUCAAAUUAAGUUACAGUUUACGUUACCGAACAAACUAACUAUAUCUCUUGUGUUCUGUUACCUUAAAUAUACUGUAGCACUUAGAAAAAGCAUAUCUACAAUUCAAUCAAAAUAUGUUUUAACAUUACUUUGCAUUUUAACUUUAAACCCAUGUAUUUAAAAAACAGUCUACGUUACAAUUUACGUUGUACGUUACCUAACAUAUAAGCUAUACAUUUUCAUGUAUUCUGUAUUGUGAACAUAUACUUUAUCUUGGAAAAAUAGCAAACUUACAAUGAUUUUUUUUUUUGUUUUAAAUAUUUUGCUUUCAAUUCUAAACACAUUCUAGAACCUUAUUUACAUGGUCCAUGAUUACACCUUCACGAGAAAACUAUGCAGCCAAACAUUUUUUAAACAAUUGAUAUAUAUAUUCAGCUAUUUAAGCACAUUGAAGUGACAUACCUAUAAUAUACACAGACAUUGCCCAACACAGUGCUCUAUAAAGAUGCUAAAUUUAAAACAGGCAUAUCACGAUAUUUAGAAAUCUUGUGCAUGUUUAUGCAUACACAUUUUACAUUUUGUUAACUGCUGUAUUUUGUAACUGUGAUUGUUUUGA